AUGGACGAGUUUAAAAACCAUGAGAUUGAAAACCAAGUAAAUGACGUACCUUCUGUUAUUGAAGCACCAAAAUUAGUUAGAACUAAGAAAUCAGAUGAAGAGACAGAACUAAAAAAAGUGAGUAACAAGAAAACAAGUAAAGAAUUAACAGAUAAUGCAGUAGACAGCAUGUUAAUUGAAAAUCUUGUGGAAUGUGAAGAGAAAAGCACAUGGGGAAAUGUUAGUAAGGAUAAUAUGUUUAAGACUAAUUUUUUAGCACAGACUUCUGAAAUAAAGUUUAACCCGAAGAGAUCAGAAUCACGAGUUAAAAUUCCAUUUACAGAGGAAGAGCAAGCUUAUCUAAUAAGAAAAGUAGAAGAACAUGGAGAUAAUUGGAAGCUUAUUUUAAUGACAGGAUUGAAUGAGAAAAUAUUUAAUCCAGAAAGACGAACAAUUGAUUUGAAAAUUAAGAUGGAUUUGAUCAGAAAGAAUACAUCUUAUCAUAGGGCAGCCUUUAGAACCUGGGAUUUGAUAUCAAUAAACGGAGAGGAAAUUUAUGCCAGUGAGAAUAAAAGGUACCACGAAUUUGAAAAGUUUCCAUCAACUGCUGUUAAAAAAUUUGCUUCAUUACCAGUGUUAGACCAUCUGAAGAACUUUAUAGUGACAGUUGUAGAUAGAAAAGUUUCAUUUGUAUCUCAUACUUAUAAAGUAGAUGUUAUUGUGACUGCAACGGGUAAGAAGCAUAAAAUUAGGAAAGCUAAGAAUGAGGAAGAAUGA